GUGAAGCGGCGUCCAAGUAGCUGCGGCAAGUUUGCGUAUUCAUCAAUUUCUCGGUGCUUAGCAUUUGAAAAGCGAUUAUUCUUUUUUGUCUCCUUUUGAAACGCACCGACGUGAUACGACCCACACUUACCGUUACGAAACCAUCAUUAUCAUACCUAAGUAGUGUUCUUCCUCUUAAACACAGUAAAAAGUUCCGUUGUAUGAAUAAAAUUAGGCGUCUUCGCUUUUCUGUUUUUCCUUGUGAUCUUAUUAUAGUUGGCUCCAAGCGUUUUUCUUUUCCCCUUUUCCCCUUUAUUCUGACUUCUUAAUAUUUUUUGUGUGGUGUAAAUGUCAUCUGAGGAAGAGAAACUCACCGCCUUGUACGCGCGACGCCAAGAGAUCCUGAAAGAUCUCAGUGAGGUGGACUCAAGCAUUAAGCAGCUCGAGAGCGAUAUCCAGUUAAAGGUCUCCGAGGCGGCGAAGCGGACCAUUGACGAGAACAAGUCCGGCAAUGCUGAUCUGGAUAAGGUGAAUGAGGUGAUCGCAAGCUGCGUGCGCGACGCCACAGGGCUGCGUGACGGGCUCAAAGUGGUGGAGGCGUGCCGGUACGUGCAAGACUACGGAAACAAAGACGACGCGGCGCGGCAGAAGAUCCCGUUCCGCAACGUCUUUGUGCAGGAGUGCAUCCGACACGCGCUGGACUUGUCGAACGACGCGAACGGAAGUGAGCUGAUGCAGCACCUCCUCUCGUUGCUGCGUCCCGGGAUGAAGUCGGCGGUCAUGGGCGACAUCGAUUACGACCCCACCACCUCCAGCGAGCAAGAGCACUCGGAGGUGCUCCUUCUCAUUAAUGAGCUCGGUGACGACAUCGUGACUGUGGCGUGCAACACAAACGGCGCCCGCGUGUCGCAGCGCAUCAUCGACGCCCUCUCCACGCCGGAGGAGUUCGACGUCUACACCAGCGUGCUGGCUCCGUCGAUCGUCGAGGUAGCGAAGGACAUCAACGGAAACCACUCCCUGUCGAAGCUGAUCACGUCGUCAAGGUUUUGUCAGCUGGGCGAUGAAGAGGCGGACUCUGCGGCAGCCACAGCCGUGUACGAGCGCAUAUUUCAGAAGAUUGCCGACAAUUGCAUCGACAUCUGCAAGAACCGCCAAGGGUGUUGCAUCAUUCAAAAGUGCCUGCAGCACGCCCCAGAACCGUACCACACCACCAUCAUCAACACGGUACUCAGCAACUCGCUGAAGUUAGUGCAAGAUCCGUUUGGCAACUACGUGGUGCAGUUCAUCCUUGAUAAGCAGCAGGACAUUAAUGGGUCCAGGAAGGAAAUCGACGACGAGGAUGGCGGCUCGUCAGCCCCAAACUACACCAAUCAAAUUAUUAGACAGAUGCUCCACCACGUAGCGGAGCUGUCGUGCAACAAGUUUAGCAGCAACGUCAUUGAGAAGUGCCUCAAGACGUCCUCAUCCGACGUGCGCCAGCUGCUCGUCGAUGAGCUGACGGAGCCGCACGUGCUUCCUAAAUUACUGACAGACAGCUUCGCCAACUACGUCAUUCAAACCGCCAUCUCGACCGUGUCGGACGACGGGCAGUUCACACAACUGCGCGAUGCCAUUAUGCCGCUGCAAAGCCUGCUCAAGAACUCGCCCUACGGCGUGAAGAUCGAGUCAAAGCUGUCGCGUCGCCAUCGCGAGGCGGCUAGGCGGCUGCCGAAGAAAAAGGAGACGACCAGCAGCUCCUCCUCACACCUGCCGCCACCGUCGCAGGAGCCGGCGCUGCCGUCGUACAUCCCUCCGCAGGGCAUUACGGGGAUUCCCAUGAUGGCGCCGGACGGCUCCAUGGGUCAGCCGAUGGCGUUUGCUAACAUGACGCCGGAUAUGGCCUCCUUGUUUCAGCAGCAGCAGCAGAUGAUGGGCAUGCCGUUUGUUCUGCAAGGACAGCAAAUGAUCGGCAUCCCAAACGCGCCGCCGCCGCCGUUCACCAUGAGUGUCAUUAAUGGUAGUUCGCUACCCGAUUACCGUUAA